UUAAUUAAUUUUGUCGUCUCACGUGAGAUGACGCUAUUGGUCCGCUAUCGCCUUAUGGGUGUUUAUGUAGUUGAAUAAACAAUAUUUUGUUAAUAAAUAUAUGAAAAUAAAAUUACUUUUUAUCCGAUUAUAAUUGGAUGAGAAGCGGUCAAUCCGUUCUAUACAUUGUCUCGGUUGAACGAAGCAGUCAAUGUCGAAAUUGAGUGUGGAUGUAUUAUAACCUAACACUUGGCGACGUUCUAAACAAUGAAUUAUUGACAAAUGGAAGAUAAACCAUUAAAUCCAAAUGACAAUUAGAUUCCUCAAGGUAACACAAGAAUUCUUGGUAGUUGUUAAAUUAAAGGAUCAAUUACUGGAAAGCUGAAGGAUUUCUAACUAUGGAAAUGAGAAAAAAAUGAGACUGUGCGACAGAAUUAUUUAAAGAUGAAUGUUUCUUAAUGUAGUAACAAGACUGUCAAUAAAACAUUUACUUGUUACAUUGAACUAACCACCAUGUCGGGCAAAGGCAAGCAAAGUUCCAAAAAAGCUGUUGUUAAAGUUAGAGAAAGUGGGAAAACUGUUCAUUCUUCAACACUGAAUUCAGAUACAAGCUCAGAAAGCAUGGAAACAACUAUGUCUUUAUCUAUUUUAAAAAUUGUUGACAACAAUCGUCUUCUUCCAAGGUACAGUAGUAUUUUACAACGAAAUGUGGAAGAAGGUGUUGGAAUGGAAGACCUUGAUACAUUACAGUUAGAAUUAGAAAUGUUACUUUCAUCUGUUGUUGUAAGACAUCGAAUGAUUCAGGAGGAGAUAGCAAACUUAUCAUCUGCAGAAGAGCGUAGAGAUAGAAGAUCUAAAAGCAGUAAAGGUUUGUCGCUUCUGGACAAAAAAGUCAGAGAAGAUAAGUUUAAACCAAAAGAACUUAAUGCUAAAACUCAAUCACCUCUUCCAGCAAAACUGUUCAAGCAAAAAGCUGUGACUAGCUCGAAUUCUCAGGUCAUUCCAAAUGUGCAUGAAAUGUCUAGGAUUGAAGGUUCAAAAUCUGAAUCACCAAAGUUAUUAUUACCAAAAAAUGAUACUCCAAAUAAGUUUUGGGCAUCCGUUGACCCAUAUUGUACAGAUAUUAUGCCAGACGACAUAAAACUAUUAGAAGAACUGAUCGCUACACACAGUGAUAUUAGUGAAUUCAAAAAGAUUCCUCCAUUGGGACGACAUUAUAGCUUAUUAUGGGCUCAUAAUGAUUUAUUGCAGGAGGAAGAUGCAGCGAAUCCAAAUAGGGAUAAAAAAAAAAGUCGUUCCGAUGUAUCCUUGUUGGUGGGAAAGAAUGACAAAAAAGCACAUAGUAUAGCAGGACCUCUUACACAAAGAUUGGUCUCUGCUUUACUGGAGGAAAAUGUAUAUGUCGCAAAUAACAACACGGAUAAUAAACUUUUCAGGGAUAGCGAUCCUCCUGUUUUAAGAGAUCUUAGUAUUCAGAACUCCAUUAAUCUAGAACUAAGAAUGCAUAAAGAACUUGUUGAACAAGGGAUCUUGGAACCAGAUGUACAGAAAAAAGGCCAGGAAGAUGACGAGAUUUUGACGGAAAUCAAAAGAUGUCAACAAGAGCUCACUGCACUUUCUAAUCAUAAUGUAAUGCAAUUAAAAAGAUUAUUGAAUUUGGCGCAAGAGGAGAGUAAACGGCAAGCACUGAAGAGAAAGAUCAGUACAGCGGACAAUGAAGUGAUAGAACAUUAUAAGAAAUUAAUGCUUUCGAAACAAAGAAAGGUACCAUUAACGAAAAAAGAACAAGAAAAGGCAUGGGGCUGUUUACGAGAGAGAGAAAAUCUUUUAGAUCAACUGAAUAUGUUACCACAUAAUAAUUUAGGAGAAUCACAAAUAGGUUUUAGCAAUACUGUAAAUUAAUUCUUUCUCUUGAUACCAC